AAGAAAUUGAUUUCUUUGCGAUUAAAUAAAUACAAAGAGAUUCUGGAGAAGAAACGCAUGGAUUCUCCCAAAUCUGUGUUGUCGUCGGCUAAGAGUGUGUUGGCGGCCACUCAAUUGGGGUCCGGGAAUGUCAUAACCGCCCGUCAGGUCGAGGAGCUUAUCGCUACCGAUGCUCUCAAUAACAUGGAAGUGACGGCCAAUAAUUUGUCUCAAUUAAGGAACCUUGUGAUCGCACUCUUCGACGGACUCCAGGAUAAGAGUGUAUCGCUUUCCCAUUCAAAGAAGACGAACAAAAUUCUGGGCAAAAGAGUCGAAGAAUUAGAGAAUCAGUUGCGAAGUGUCCGCUCGAAAGACAAGUUACCGAUCGUUAAGACUGAAAGUCUUGAGAGUAAUACCAGUAGUAAUACAAACACGACAUCCAAUGUGGAAGACGUGGCCACACCUGACGAUGAACUCGACGACGAGAUCAGCGACAGGACCGGCGGUCGAGACAACGGCAACGAACGCGAUGUCGACGCCGAAGACGACGACGAAUUGCCCCCAGAGUUGGACCGACUCGUCAAAGAUGCCAUAAAUGAGCUCAAGAUUAGGGACUUAGACGAACCCAUCGGCCAAACAAACCCUUUAACCAACACUUUGUAUCAA